GGAGAGAUGUCCAGGCCCUCGUCCACACAGACCACUCCUCAGUUCUACAGGGUCAGCGACAGGGACCUCACCGAGAUCGAGCUUCAUUCCGUGGACUCCAUAAAUGACCUCCACCGAACACACCCCGAACACGGUGGUCACAAAGGGACGAGACCCCCCCGCCCCGCGUACACGCCGUCCCCCAACGGGAACCUGCACACGCACGACGCCUCGGGGGUCGGUCCGGGAAACCGCCCGCUCAGCGGAAAAUGGCCGAGCUGCCUGCAGAACGUGGCGGCCCCCCCCUCGGCCCGCGGCACAGCCAUGGGCUGCGCCGUCAUCACGCUGCUUCUGCUGACAGUGCUGCUCAUCUUCUACUUCUUAGUCCAGCAGGGGCAGGCCCUCCGGACGCUGACCGAGGCCGUCGGGGGGAGGGAGGCCGAGCUGUCGCUGCUGAUCCAGGAGCUGCAGGCUCUCAGACGGAACCUGACGGCCAUGACAGGAGCAGCAUGA